CCAUAUUUAAUUGCUUCGAAAGUAGUAUUGUUGUCCUGCGAUGCCGACUGUUAUUGCCCUGGACGUUUCAUUGUCGAUGACACGUCCCAUUCCACACCAAUCAAAGACCGCCGGUACCAGCGGAGAUGGCGGAGCUUCGGAAAAUACCCUCACAUACCAUCAGGUGGCGGUGAAGGGUAUAAAUUACAUUCUUGACUACCUAACCAAACAUGCCAAAUUGGAAUUCGUAUCGCUGAUCGUCUAUUCGUCGUUGUACGAAGUGUUGGUGGAUUUUACGCGCGACUACGACUCCAUCCGGCAGGCGCUGCACAAGAUCGAGCACUACGACAAGACGAGUCUGGAGAACGUCCUGGUGGCGGUGAACAACGCGUUCAAGUCGCACUGGGGCAGCCAGAACUACUGCCAGAUCAUUUUCGUCACCGACUGCGGAAUCGGUAUGGGGCCGAGUUCACUGAAGAACACCAUCAUCAACAUCCAGAACUAUAAGGCCGCAUGCGCCACUGCAGUGGCCGCAGCAACAGCAGAGGGAGCCAAGGACCCGACGGGGGCCGGCGUGGUGGUACCCGUUCCGCCACAGCCCUCCGACAAUCAGUGGGUAGGAUUCGCCUACCCGAGCAAGCUGUCGUUCGUUUGCUUGGGCAGUAUGGCCACCGACAUUGCGUUUCGCUGCGGCACCAAGCUUUACCAGCAGCUCCUGGACUCCAGUGGCCAGAAGGGUCAGCUGUUCAUCCCGCGACUGAGGCAUGACGAAGCGCCAUCCAUGGACGAUUCCGUCUCCGCCGGUGACAACGGAUGUGACGAUGGAACGGCGGGCACGUUCCGGGCGCAGCUCACGAAAGCAUCCGCCCUGGAAGCGUUUGAGACGAUGUGCGAAACCAACUAUCGCCAGUUUGAAGCCACAUUGCGAUGUGGAGGCUACUUCCGGCUUGAGGAUCCCAUCAUCGUCUGGCCGGCACCACUCCCUUACACCGCCCGGGACGUGCUGGGUGCCGAAACGACGAAGCUUAUGUCUCGCCGGUUGGAGGUGUGUGGUUUCCUUAGCCUUUCGGAUAUUGGCUCACCGAUGUCGGUCAGUCGGCAUCUGAUACUGCCUCGAAGCGGCCCGAACACAGCGUCGUCACAGAAUCCGGACGAAGCAAAGGGGGGACCGUCGUCGGGUGGGAAACAUGGAGCGGGCAAUCUGCCGACGGUCGAGGAGCGACUUGAAACGGACAUUAAAGCGUUCUACGGCAAAGCGGACGGUGAAUCGGCGCACCAUCAUCACGCCGACGAGCAGCAUAGCGUCGCCGGGAUGGAGGAAUCGGUCUGCGUGCUACUGCACGGUGCGCUCAAGGUGGAAAAUAUGGCCGCACUCAUUCUGCUAGGGGACGCGUGGUACGGCUUCAUUUACUCGUACGCGGACGGGAAGAAAAAGUGGAACCUCAUGCUGAACGUGCUGCCGCCCGGUAACGAUGUGGUACCAUGGUUGGGUGACCUUCGCUACCUCGGAACCCUCGACGACGCACUGCCGGGCGAGAACCCUUCCUUCCCGAUCAAGGCGGACAAGCGCAGCUACUCGCAGAACAUCGUCGUCUGGAUCCGCCAGGCCGGCCUGCAGUCCGACAUCCAGAAGGUGCUGCGGCACGCGAAGAAGCUGCCGGAAAAGACGCAACACUUCUACAAGGAGCUGAACCGUAUCCGGCGGGCGGCCCUAUCGCUCGGCUUCAUCGAACUGCUCGAAGGCUUGGCACACAUUUUCGAGCGGGAAAUAAACACCCUUCCGCAGAGCGCAUCCCCCGAUUGCUCGAUGCAGCUGUCCCAUGCCAUCAUGGAGUUGCGCAGGCCCGCGAAUCGCGAUCUUAAAAUCGUUAUCCACGCACUUCCGACACAGUAUAACCAGUUAGGCUAGGCGACUGU